AUGACGCCUCCUUCUGCCAGCAUGUCAACGUCUUUUCUGCUGCCUCGAGAUCGAAGUAGCUACUUGCGUGUGGACUGGGAUAAAUUACAAGUCAUUGCGACUAAAGUGCAGCAAGCACUGGAUGCUUCUGAUAAGAUAAGGCGUCAUGAAGAAUACGAAAAUGUCUUUGCCAUGUGGCAAUUCGAAUUAAACGACGGACGCAAGCAAUUCCAUAAUGAAGAGGGAGAAAUUGUAGACAAACAGACGACACAGGAGCUUACGUGGUACACUAGUGCUCACAAAUACUGGGACAAUGAGAUUAAUUGUCCCUUGACGGACAACGGGGUGCUUGGAGGGUUUGCACACGUUUCAGGUGUUGAUAUUCGAGAGUCCAAGCGGUUUUUGAAACAUAUUCAAGAUACAAAGAGACCCGAGUGGAUCUGUCAUGCUGCAGUGGAUUGUGGAGCGGGUAUUGGCCGUGUGAGCAAACUAUUGCUUCUACCGAUGUUUGAUCACGUAGAUCUGGUCGAGCAGAGUCCGAGACUAUUGCAAGGAGUGCAACAAUAUCUAGGAACUGAUGAGAUACUGCAUGCUCGAGUGAGAGAUUUGUACUGCAUGGGGUUGCAGGAUUUUGAACCAACGAGUGCAAGUUACGACCUCAUUUGGAUGCAGUGGGUUUUAGUACAUCUCACGGACCUGGACCUUGUUUUAUACUUAGAGCGGUGCAAGAAGGCCCUUACACCAAACGGCUUUAUCGUUAUUAAGGAAAACAUAUUCAAGACUAGUGAGCCCUACGACAUUGACCGACAAGACAGUAGUAUCACCCGCUCGGCCGUCUACUACAAAAGUUUAUUCCAGCAAGCCGGGCUCACGUUGCUUGCAGAGCGUAUACAACGUCACUUUCCGGAGGAACUCUACCCAGUUAUAAUGUAUGCACUUGCUUAA